CUUUUCCCCCUCUUAUGAUAAGAAUGCAUCCAACGGAGACAAUCUCCGCAUAGCACCUUGUGUGCAUCCCCGUCACCGCUCGCAUAUAUUUAUUAAGACCCCCCACCCCGAUCCCACCCGAGGAAUCAUCAUGACGUACGGCGUCGCUUUGGCUCUGCUGUCCCUGUUGUCCGGCUUCUGCACGCCCUCCCUGGGCUACUUCGCCGAGGAGCGCUGGAGCCCCGAGUCACCGCUUCUGGCUCCUAGGGUAGUCCUUGCCCUCAUCUGCCGCAACUCUGAGCACUCCCUGCCUUACGUGCUUGGAGCCGUGGAACAGCUCAACUACCCCAAAGAGCGCAUCGCUGUGUGGGUGGCGACCGAUCACAACGAGGACAACACCACGGCCAUCCUGCGCGACUGGCUCGUGAAGGUGCAGAGUCUUUACCAUUAUGUGGAAUGGAGGCCAAAGGAGGAGCCCAGUCGAUAUGAGGGCGAAGAUGGUCCCAAGGAGUGGCCGGACACUCGUUACGACCACGUCAUGAAGCUGCGGCAAGUCGCGCUGGAGUCGGCACGGGAGAUGUGGGCCGACUAUUUCAUGUUGAUGGACUGCGACAACUUGCUCACCAACCCGAACGUGCUCUGGAGUCUCAUGAGCGAGAAUAAGACGGUCAUCGCCCCCAUGUUGGAUUCCCGUGCGGCCUAUUCCAAUUUUUGGUGCGGAAUGUCCAGCCAGGGCUACUACAAGCGCACUCCGGCAUACAUGCCCAUAAGGAAGCGGGUGCGAAAGGGCUGCUUUGCGGUGCCGAUGUUGCACUCCACCUUCCUGAUCGAUCUUCGAAAGGAGGCCUCCAGGCAGCUGGCUUUCCACCCGCCGCACCCGGAGUACAACUGGGCCUUCGAUGACAUCAUCGUUUUUGCAUACUCGGCUCGGAUGGCAGACGUGCAGAUGUUCGUGUGCAACCGGGAGACGUACGGCUACCUCCCCGUGCCGCUGCGUGGCCACAAUACUUUGCAAGACGAGGCCGAGAGCUUCAUGCAUUGCCUGAUGGAGGUUGAAGUGCGACAUCCCCCGGUGUUGCCGUCCGAAUAUAUUCCCUCUCCCCUGAAACAACCCGACAAAAUGGACUUUGAUGAGGUCUUCAUGAUCAACCUCCAAAGGCGGACCGACCGCCGGGAACGCAUGCUGAGAGCUCUUUACCAGCAGGAGAUUGACUGCAAGGUCACGGAGGCUGUCGAUGGAAAGGCUUUGAACACCAGUGACGUUGAAAAUAUGGGCAUCCGCAUGCUCCCCGGCUACAGCGACCCUUAUCACGGCCGCCCGCUGACCAAAGGAGAGCUGGGAUGCUUCCUUUCGCACUAUAACAUCUGGAAGGAGAUUGUCGAGCGCGGCCUGCUCACCUCUUUGGUGAUCGAAGACGACCUGCGCUUCGAGAUCUUCUUCAAGCGGCGUCUCAUGUACCUGAUGGGCGACAUCGAGGAAGAAGGACUCGACUGGGAUCUCAUCUACAUCGGCCGCAAGCGAAUGCAGGUGGACCACUCGGAGAAGGCGGUGCCUAAUGUCCACAACCUGGUGGAAGCCGACUAUUCCUAUUGGACGCUGGGUUACAUGAUCACCUUGCAAGGAGCGGAGAAGCUGUUAAGAGCCGAGCCGUUGAAGAGGGUGCUGCCCGUGGACGAGUUUCUGCCCAUUAUGUACAACAAACAUCCAGUGUCCGAAUACAUGGAGCAUUUCGAGACGCGUGACCUGAAAGCCUUCUCGGCGGAGCCCCUUUUGGUUUACCCCACCCACUACACGGGAGACUCGGGCUACAUCAGCGACACAGAGACGUCCACCGUGUGGGACAACGACAAGGUCCGCACGGACUGGGACCGAGGACGCUCAGGCAAAACUCACCAGCAGGGCAAGCUCAGCACCGAAGCCCAGAACUCGGACGUGCUGCAGUCGCCGUUGGACAGCACGGCGCGGGACGAGCUGUGAGCGGAACUCUAUCCAAACAACAGUACUUUUUUGUUGUUGUUGUAAUUUUACACUACAUUGCAUUACAGCGGGAGGAUGUAAAAAAAAAAAAGGUUUUGAAAGUGUUCCGAUGGAAACGGCACUAGACUUGCCACACGGGUUGGCAUUUGCAGUACCCAACGUGCGUCUGUCAUACAGAAAAGAAGCUCUCCAUCUCUUUCUUGGUCCGAAGGUGACGUUACACUGUGAAUUGGAAUUUCAGUCGAGUAAAAGGGUGGAUGCAA